GAGAGUGCAUUCGCCAAUCAACCACUAACGCGAGCGGUCUCAGUCUCGGCAGUCAGUUCUUAAUUAAAAUAGUUUCAAAGUUUAAAAAGUAAAGAAUGCCGGUAAAUAUUCUCUGGUUCCGCCAUGGUCUCCGUUUACACGAUAAUCCAGCCCUUUUGGAAGCCAUUUCGGAUAAACAAUUUGGUGUAAAACUGCUGCCGGUUUUUAUUUUUGAUGGCGAAAGUGCGGGUACCAAAAGUGUCGGAUAUAAUCGCUUUAAAUUCCUUUUGGACUCUCUAAAAGACCUGGAUGAUCAAUUUCGUGAAAAAAGCGCCAACACUGGACGUCUUCACAUCUUUCAAGGAAAUCCUGUUCAAAUAUUCAGCAAACUACAUCAACACUAUACCAUAAGUAAAUUGUGUUUCGAGCAGGAUUGUGAACCCAUUUGGAACCAGAGAGAUGAUGCUGUGAAAAAAUUAUGCCAUGAAUUGGAUAUAGUGGCCAUAGAGAAAAUCUCUCAUACUUUGUGGGAUCCACAAAAUGUCAUUGAUACCAAUGGUGGAAUACCACCAUUGACAUAUCAAAUGUUUUUGCAUACCGUGCAAGUUAUAGGCUUACCACCACGUCCCGUUUUGGAUCCUGAAUGGACUGGUGUGGAAUUUUUGGAAAUCAAUGAUGCAGUAAUAGAGGACUUGAAUGGUUUCAAAGAAUUUCCCACGCCGGCUCAAUUCAAUAAAUUCCCCGAAAAGUUAUCCUAUUUGGCCAAGACUAAGUGGAUUGGUGGAGAAACUCAAGCUUUGCUGCAUUUACGCGAACGCCUCAGUGUCGAAGAGAACGCCUUUCGUUGUGGCCGUUAUCUGCCGAAUCAGGCUAGCCCCAACAUCCUGGAGUCACCCAAGUCCAUGAGUGCCCAUUUACGUUUUGGCUGUUUGUCGGUAAGGAAAUUCUAUUGGGAUGUCCAUGAUCUAUUCAGGACGGUACAGCUGCAAGCCGAAGGUUUUGGCAUGCAAAUGUUUGGUGGAGCCCAUAUUACAGGUCAACUCAUAUGGCGAGAAUAUUUCUACACCAUGUCCGUGAACAAUCCCUUCUAUGAUCGCAUGGAGGGUAAUGCCAUAUGCCUUAGCAUUCCCUGGGCUCCUCCCAAUGUGGAGCAAUUAAAUCGCUGGACUGCCGGCGAAACUGGGUUUCCUUUGAUCGAUGCUGCCAUGCGUCAAUUGUUGGCAGAGGGAUGGCUUCAUCAUACACUGCGUAAUACGGUGGCGACUUUCCUAACUCGAGGUGGCCUUUGGCAAAAUUGGGAACAUGGUUUGAGAUAUUUUCUCAAACAUCUGUUGGAUGCCGAUUGGUCAGUGUGUGCCGGUAAUUGGAUGUGGGUUAGCUCAUCGGCCUUUGAACGUUUGCUGGACUCAUCUUUGGUCACCUGCCCGGUGGCUUUGGCCAAGCGUUUGGAUCCCUUGGGUCAUUAUAUAAAACAAUAUGUUCCGGAAUUGGCCAAAGUACCACAAUUGUAUAUCCAUGAACCCUGGCGCAUGCCUCAAGAAGAACAAGAAAAGGCCGAAUGCAUUAUUGGCGUACAUUAUCCUCAUCCCAUGAUCGAUUUGUCUUGGGCCACUGAGCGCAACAUGAAAGCCAUGCGUGAUUUGCGUAUGUCCUUGACAUCUGGUGGAGCUCCUGAUAAGACUCCACCCCAUUGUAGGCCAUCCAAUGAGGAAGAAGUGAGGCAUUUUUUUUUGGCUAGUGGAUUAAAACCCGAUGGUCAAUGAUUUUACAUUUUGGUGACGUACCUUUGGACCUGAAUAUAUAUUUUGGAUUAUAUUUACAGUAUAUAAUAUUUGGAAAAUUUUAAUGUCAAAUGAUUGUCUUAAAUAAAGUGUCUAUUAAUCCCCUAGUGUUGGUGUAAA